AUGAUGCGUCGCUGGCUCCGACUGCUGCUGGCGGCCGCGGCGGCGGCCAAGCGCACGGUGAACAUGGCCGGCGUCGUCGAGGUCGACGCCUGGAUGCACCACCGAGCGCCGCCGCCGCGCCGCUGGGACGCCACGGAUCCGGCGGCGCUCGACGCAAAAUGGACGAAGCUCAGCAGCGGCUUCUACAAAGAGGUGCACCGCGCCACGCUCGGCGGCGACGACGUCGUCGUGAAGCGGCGCAAGCUCUACAAGGCCGACCGGAAACGGGCCGGCGGCGCCGCGCUCCGCGGCGAGGCGCUCUAUCACGAGCGCGAGGUGCGCGGCGAGGUGCUCUACCUCGAGUAUUUACGGGGGCUGCCGGGCGUCCCGCGGCUGCGGGGCGCGUGGCUCGACGCGAACGGCACGCGCGUCACGUACGCCGUCGACCUCGCCGGGUCGAGCCUCGGCGACGGCGACGGCGACGUCGGCCACCGGAGCCGCCCCUCCAAGGCCUACGCGGCCUGGGCGCGCCGCGACCCCCUCGCCUGCGCCGCCGCGCUCCUCCGCUGCUUCGAGAGCUUCGCGGAGCGCGGCGGCUUCUUCCUGGACGAUUUCGCGGUGAAGCAGUUCACCGUCGACGAGCGAAAGGACGAGAUCUGGCUCGUCGACGGCCCGAAGGCGCUCGCCGGGCCCAUCCGCGACUUCUUCGUGCGGCGCGGGCUCCCGGCGCUGCCCGCCUCGACGGGGCCCUGCUCGAAAAAGGAGCCGUGCCCGGCGACGCUCAACGAGCACGCGUGCCACGCGCGGCGGCCGCCGAAAACGCAGAACAUCCUCUCCGUGCGGCCCGUCGCGAAGAACCGCUUCCGGCGCUGCGAGGCCGGCAGCGCGGGCGCGCCCGAGGCGCGGGGGAACUGCUUCCCCAACGGCACGUGCGCGCCCGUCGGCGCCCACACCCACGCGUUCGACGUCGGCGCCAAGGUCUGGGCGCUGCCGGCCAUCGCGACCUUCGCGUCCAAGAAGCACGCGGCCGCGGCGGGCGCCGUCGCCGCGCUCGCGGCGAAGAUGCGCGCGCCCGAGCCGGGCGACCGGCCGACCUUCGCCGCGGCCGUCGCCGAGCUCGAGGCGGCGCGGCCGCGUCCGCCGCCCGGGUAG